GCGUCCCGGAAGCGACGGCGGUGGAGGGGCCGACAGUUCUGAGGAACCUGUGACUUCGGAACGUCGGUGGGAGGCGGCGCGUCGUGGGGUGGGGCGGGCCUGAGGGAACGCUCCGGGGCUUGGUGGCCCUUCCGUCCCCCUGGCCGUCCCUGCCCCUCCUUCCCCUGGGCCAGCGUCCGGGAUGCAGACAUCAGAUCGGGAGCUGAGUGGGCCAGAGGUGAGCCCCAGCGUGAUGCCUGAGCUUCUCUCUGAGUGUCCACCUGCCCCCACCAAGUCAACAGCGUUUGAUCUUUUCAACCUGGUUCUGUCCUACAAGAGGCUGGAGGUCUACCUGGAACCCCUGAAGGACGCAGGUGAUGGUGUUCGGUACUUGCUAAGGUGGCAGAUGCCUUUGUGUUCCUUGAUGACCUGCUUGGGCCUCAACAUCUUGUUCCUCACUUUGAACGAGGGUGCCUGGUACUCCAUGGGUGCCUUGAUGAUUUCGGUGCCUGCCCUGUUGGGCUACCUUCAGGAGGUUUGCCGGGCACAGCUGCCAGAGUCUGAGCUGUUGCGGAGGAAGUACCACAGCAUAAGGCAGGAAGACCUACAGAGAGUUCGCCUUUCCCGCCCUGAGGCUGUGGCUGAGGUGAAGAGCUUCUUGAUCCAACUGGAAGCCUUCCUGACCCGCCUGUGUUGCACCUGUGAGUCAGCCUACCGUGUACUACACUGGGAGAACCCCAUGGUGUCCUCACAGUUCUAUGGCGCACUUCUGGGCAUGGUUUGCAUGCUCUACCUACUGCCUCUCUGCUGGGUCCUUGCCCUUUUAAACAGCACCCUCUUUCUGGGAAACGUGGAAUUCUUCCGAGUGGUGUCUGAGUAUAGGGCUUGCCUACAGCGGCGGAUGAACCCCAAGCAGGAAGAGCAUGCCUGUGAGAGCUCAGCACUGCAGGACGCUGGCGGAAGGAGUACCCUGCUGGACAGCACACCAGCCCCUACACCCACAGAGGACCUCACGCCAGGCAGUGUGGAAGAAGCUGAGGAGGCUGAGCCAGAUGAAGAGUUCAAAGAUGCAAUUGAGGAGGAUGAUGAGGGCACCCCGUGCCCAGCAGAGGAUGAGCUGGCCCUACAGGACAAUGGGUUCCUCAGCAAGAAUGAGGUGCUGCGCAGCAAGGUGUCACGGCUUACAGAACGGCUCCGCAAGCGUUAUCCCACCAACAACUUUGGGAACUGUGCAGGCUGCGCUGCCACCUUCUCAGUGCUGAAGAAGAGGCGGAGCUGCAGCAACUGUGGUAACAGCUUCUGCUCUCGGUGCUGCUCCUUCAAGGUGCCCAAGUCCUCCAUGGGGGCCACAGCUCCUGAAGCCCAGAGAGAGACUGUGUUUGUGUGUGCCUCCUGUAAUCAGACCUUGAGCAAGUGAGAAGAGAAGAGAAGAGAAGAGAAGAGAAGAGAAGAGAAGAGAAGAGAAGAGAAGAGAAGAGAAGAGAAGAGA